CCACCACCAAUCUCAUUGCAAACAUUCCAAACACCUUCAUUUCUCUGCAAACCCUUCACUUUUCAUCUCCCCAACCAAGUUCAUAUUUUUCACUCCAUGGAUGCUACCACAAGCUCUGAACUCCCCCCUGGCUUCAGGUUUCACCCAACGGACGAGGAACUAAUCGUGUAUUACCUUUGCAACCAAGCCACAUCCAAGCCCUGUCCUGCUUCUAUCAUCCCAGAAGUGGAUCUCUACAAGUUUGAUCCAUGGGAAUUGCCAGAUAAAACAGAGUUUGGAGAAAAUGAAUGGUACUUCUUUAGUCCACGAGACAGAAAGUACCCAAAUGGGGUGAGGCCUAACCGAGCAACAGUUUCUGGGUAUUGGAAAGCCACUGGCACAGACAAAGCAAUCUAUAGCGGAUCUAAGCUUGUGGGGGUGAAGAAAUCCUUAGUAUUUUACAAGGGUAGGCCACCAAAGGGUGACAAGACUGAUUGGAUUAUGCAUGAGUACCGCUUGGCGGAAUCAAAACAAUCAGCUAACAGAAAAAUUGGAUCCAUGAGGCUGGAUGACUGGGUCCUGUGCAGGAUUUAUAAGAAGAAGAACAUGGGAAAAACAUUGGAGCACAAGGAGGCACACCCGAAAGUUCAAAUCACUAAUCUUAUAGCUGAAAACAAUGAUGAGCAGAAAACGAUGAUGAACCUUCCCAGGACUUGGUCCCUCACUUACCUUUUGGAUAUGAAUUACUUGGGUCCGAUUUUAUCUGAUGGUUCCUAUUGCUCAACCUUUGAUUUUCAAAUCAGCAAUGCCAAUAUUGGAAUUGACCCCUUAGUAAAAUCUCAACCCGUUGAAAUGGGCAACAAUUAUGUAGCAGACUCGGGGAAGUACUGAGUGAAACAGAGUAGCAACAUUGACCACAAGUAUAUGUGAAGCAGAUGAAAGACCUACUAGGAUAGGAAAAAACAAAAACAGUGUUAGAUUGUUGUCUAGUCAUGACGAUAAGCUUCGCCCAUAAAAUAAUCAUCAACACUCUAUGUAUGUCAAAAUAUGUUAUGUCAAAAAAUGUAUUUUCAAUGUGUUAUUGACACUUAUUGUAUAGAAGGACAGGUUAGACGCCACUUAAUUAAAGUUCAUACAUCAUUAGUUACAUUCCUUAUCUUGAUUCGGUUCAAACCACAUGCUUUGAUCAUGCUUCGGAAGCAUGUGAAACUAGAUAUGGUCGAUUACUUUUUGUAAACAAUACAAUCAUAAUUUAUUUUGACGAAUGAUAUAUUUGGCAAAUUC